UGAUCUGGGAAUGAGGAAUACUGAUUGGUAAUUUGUCGUAAUUUGGGAAAGAAGCCCUCUUGCAAUCCCGCAUAUGAUGUUGAAUCGCAUUUGCCAAUCGAGCAUCGAACUCUUAUACAAACCAAAUUCCAGCUGUAUUGCAAUUAAUAUUGCAAAUUAGGUAACUUACUGAACAAAAUAGAAUCGAGGCUUUUGUUUUCCAUGUACCAGCAUCUUCUCCUCCAUAUCAAUACAUUCCCGGAGUAAACAUAUAUACUAGGGCCUCGUUUACUUCAAUAUAUUAGCCUAUAUAUAUUAUUUUAGUACAGCCCAGUGACAUGUUUACUUUACAUUAUUCUAAUACUAGAGGCCCAAUAUUGAUGAGCAGCCCGGCAGUAUUUGACCCUCAUCCAAGGAUCUCCCAUACCAGCUAAGGGGUGGGAUGUGUAAUACUCCUCCUUGGUAUUAAUGUCCUUUUACUCUUAUGCCCUCACUUUUCAGCAAAACCUAAAAUUUUCACCUGCCAAAAAGGAAAGAAAUGGGAGGGAAGUACAGAGAGGGAAACCAAAUUUUUUUUUUUCAAUAACAUAUCUACCAAAAGCAAAAAGACAGAGGAGCUAAAAAAAUUAUAUUAUCAGGGAUUGAAAAGUAAAAAGAACAAGAAAACUGGAUUUUGAGGCAAAAAAUCGUCACCGUUCUUCAAAUCAAGUAGGUAUGAUAUAAUUUUUUUUUCCGUAAAUCGCUAGUUACACUUGUUGUAGAAAAAUAUGAUUUUUUUCCAGAAAUUUUAUAGAUCUUCUUUGCCCACCAUAUAUUUUGUUUUGUUUGUGGAUUUUAUGAUUUGUAUGGGCAAAUUGCUCAAUUUAAUAUUGUAAAUCUGCCGUGAAUAAGUAUUGUUGAAAUAUUUGAAAUACUCAAAACCUGUCAUAUUUUUUAUACAAAAAAUUGUGAAUAAUUGACCAAUGUGUCGUAUUUAGGAUGGAUGUCUCGAGUUCCGAGGAUGAGGUUCUACUUUGUUUGCAAGAAAUUAUUUUUGAGUGUGUCAUAUUCUUUACCAUUUGUUUUGAAUAUAUAAGUGAAGAAAAAACCCGUGAAUCAUCUCAAUAUGAGCGUAUUAGAUACAAUAGAGUGUCAAGAGUUCCAGAUCAAGUUAGAAAAUUGAGUCGUAUUAUUGAUAUUAAUGAUAUAUCUUGUAUCAAUAACUUAAGAAUGAGUAGAGAUGCAUUUGGCCGUUUGUGCCAUAUUCUAGAAAAUACAGGAGACCUUCAUUGUAAUAGAAAUAUCAGCAUUAGUGAACAAGUUGCUAUGUUUCUUCAUAUUCUUGCUCAUCAUACGAAGAACCGUAUUGUUGGUCAUGAAUAUGAAAGGUCAGGUCGUACGGUUAGCAAAUAUUUCAACAAUGUUUUGAAUGCCGUCAUUAAACUACACCCUCUAUUUCUUGGCCGCCCGGAGCCCGUAGAUGAGCAUUGCACAAAUGAAAGAUGGAAACUAUUUAAGGGUUGUUUAGGUGCUCUAGAUGGUACGUACAUCAAGGUGAGGGUCUCGGUAACAGAUAAAGGUCGCUAUCGUAAUAGGAAAGGAGAUAUUACCGUAAAUAUUUUAGGAGUGUGUGAUUCAAACAUGAAGUUUAUUUACAUCUUAAGUGGUUGGGAGGGAAGUGCUGCAGAUAGUAGAGUUUUGCGAGAUGCAAUUACUAAAGAAAAUGGUUUGCGUAUUCCGAAGGGUAGUUACUAUUUGGUUGAUAAUGGAUACACAAAUGGAGAAGGAUUCUUAAGCCCUUAUAGAUCCGUUAGAUACCACUUGGAUGAGUGGGGUGAAGGAAAGUCUAGACCCCGGAAUAAAGAAGAAUUUUUUAACAUGAAGCAUUCAAGAGCCCGUAAUGUGAUAGAGCGCUCAUUUGGCUUAUUAAAGUCACGGUGGGGAAUAUUGCGAACUUCAUCUCAUUAUCCCAUCAAAACUCAUAAUCGUAUCAUUAUGGCUUGUGCAUUACUUCACAAUUAUAUUCGAACUGAAAUGCCAAUAGACCCUAUUGAACAUGAAGUUCCAGAUCUCGAACAAGAACCCAUUGACCCGAUUGACUACAUUGGCGUUGUUGAGUCUACUCCGCAGUGGAGUGGGUGGAGAGACAACCUAGCUACAUCUAUGUACAAUCAAUGGAGAAGGCGAUAAUAGAUUGUAACAAUUGUUUUAUAUAGUGAAGAUGGUUGUGUCAAAAAUAUGUGCGAUUGUAUUUGUUGUAUUAGACAUUAUUCAGACAUUGUGUUUGUAUUUGAAAUUCUUCAAACAAUUAUUUUGUAUUAGCAAUCGUUUAGUUUGUCUUGCAUAUUUGUUGUAAAUUUUAAUUUUAAUCAACAUCAGACAUAUAUUUUGUUCAUGUUGUCAUUACAGGGAUCAAUGGAUACUCAAGGAAGUAGCAAGAGUGGGUGUAGUAGAGCUGGAAAAAAAUCAGACAAAAGUCGUCGCAUUUGGUCAAUGCGUGAGGAAGAAGCAUUGAUAGCUGCUUUAAAGGAUAUCAUUUCCGACGGGUGGAAAUGCCCAACGGAUUUCGUACCGGCUAUUUGGGUAUUUUAGAAAAAUUUAUGCUACAAACAUUUCCUGGAUCCGACCUACGUGCCGACCCACAUAUCAAUUCAAAGAUCCAUGUUUGGAAAAGGACUCAUGGAACUUUGCAAACUAUGAUGUCUCGUAGUGGAUUUGGUUGGAAUGACACAUCUCAAAUGAUAUCAGUAGAGGACGAUGUUUGGGAAAAAAUUGUAAAGGUAAUUUCCAUCUAAAAUUUAAUUAAAAUUUAGGUUUGAUAUAACUGAAAUUUAAUUUGCUUAUAAUAUGCAGACUGAUCCUAAUGCACGUACAAUGAGGUUUAAAUCUUUUCCAUUUUACCCGGCGUGGACUGAAAUUUUUGGAAAGGAUAGAGCCACUGGGGAGCAUGCGGAAGAUUGUAACAAUGCAGGUAAUGAUUAUUUGCCGGUAUUUGAUGACGAUGCGAAUGGAAAUGGAUUUGACAACGCAAAUGAAAAUAAUGGAUCCGAUAAUGAAUUUAUGUCCGUCUGUCAAGAGCAAGGGAGUGCAUCUGGAAAACAAAAUCCAUCAAAAAAAAGAAAGGUAGCAAACCCUGAUAAUGUUAAAUUCGUAGAUGCAGUUCAAAUGUUUUGUUCACAAACUGAUUCAAGGCUUGGGGAGAUUGCAAAACGUAUUGGGUUUGAGUUUGAUGCUUCCGAGAAGCGAACAAAGGUAUAUGAAGCUUUGUGCAAGAUUCCGGG